AUGUCUGGAGACUACAGCAUCAACACUGGGCAGAAGAAGACUUUUUCCGUCCCUGACUAUGUCGUUUUCGGUCUUACUUUGGUCGCAUCGGCUGGUAUUGGGCUCUUUUACGCCAUCAGAGACGGAAAGAGAGCUUCCUCCGAUGAAUACCUCAUGGGAGGGCGAAAAAUGUACAUUCUGCCCGUAGCGAUGUCUUUAACGGCAACGUUUCUGUCUGCAUUGACGUUGUUGGGGACGCCGGCUGAGAUAUACUUGUAUGCAACAAUGUUCUGGUGGAUAUGUUUGGCAUUCAUUAUUGCCAUUGUCAUUUCUACCCAGAUUUUCAUCCCUUUCUUCUACAAGCUCAACCUGACAAGCAUGUUUGAGUAUUUAGAGCUACGAUUCAGCAAACCAGUCCGCAUUCUCGCCUCUGUCAUCUUCGUCAUUCAAACAAUUGUCUACAUGUCAUUUGUUUUGUACGCACCCUCCCUUGCGCUCAAUCAAGUGACUGGGUUUUCUUUGUGGGGAUCGGUUGUUGCAGUCGGUGGGGUUGUUACUCUGUAUACUACAUUGGGUGGUAUGAAAGCCGUGUUGUGGACAGACACCAUUCAGGCACUGAUCAUGUUUGCCGGGUUGUUUGCGGUUCUCGUCCAGGGUUCCAUCGUCAUGGGAGGCUUCCAGAACGCCUGGGACAUCGCCGGAAGCCGUGGCAGGAUUUACUUUCAUGAUUUCAGCUUCGAUCCGACUACUCGACACUCUUUCUGGUCGGUUGUGAUAGGCGGAGCGUUCUUCUGGAUGUCGCUGUAUGGCUGCAAUCAAGCCCAAGUACAGAGAGCCAUAUCCUGUCCGACUGUCUCCAAGUCACAAAUUGCAAUGAUCCUGAAUCUGUUUGGCCUCAUCGCAGUUAUCACCCUUUGCUGCAUGAUCGGCAUCGUCAUGUUUGCCUUCUACAGCGACUGUCACCCCGUCGAGUUCAACAACCUCAUCAGCAAAACAGAUCAGUGGAAGUCUCAGGCAUCUUACACAGUGUACAGUAUUCUAAACGGUCCAACAUUUGGUCUGUUUGUGCUGGGAAUGUUCUUCCCUUGGGCGAACUCAUGGGAAAACACUCCUCACAAGAUGCCCCAAGAAAGUACUCCUCACAAGAUGCCUCCAGAAAGCUUUCUCCACAAGGCGCCUCUAGACAGCACUCCCCAAAAGACGCCUCCAGAAGGCUUUCUCCACAAGACGCCUCCAGAAAGCUUUCUCCACAAGACGCCUCUAGGCAGCACCCCUCCCACCCCACCCCGGUGA